GUCAUCCGAGCUGGUCACUUUUCCGAUACGACCACAGAGAUGUCGAAGACGUUGCUUAUGAAGCUGGUCAAAGAGGCUCGGCAGACCAAGGGCGAGAAUGGAAGCCGCGCUCAUAGCCUGACACAGGCGAACCGUCUGAUGGCGCGGUCAGACGAGGAGCUGGAGGCCUUUACUCAGUUCGACCGUGAGCUGCUAGGAGUGGCGGAUGAAGCAUCAACGGAGGAGAUUCUGGAGAAGGCUGGCCGGCUGAUCCGCCUUGAUGAA